CUCUACUCAUAUAUACAAUACCAUAUUAGCUUUAUGCUAUCUGAGGCUAAAAACAACAUCCGGUAAUACUACCGGAAUUGGACAAAUAUGAUCCGUCCAGAAACAGUGAAUUAUCUUUUAAUGUUAUGCUCCAAUAUAUUGAUUAUUUCCAACAGUGCCUAGUUAACGUUAUAAAUGAAUUAGGACAAAUAGUUUAGAAGAUGAAUUCCCUCUGGAUAUUACAUUUCUCCUUACCUGAUAGACAUGUAUUUUCAGAAAUGUUAUGUCUUGUAUUUUGACCAAUAAAUAAAAAUAUAAUCUCUAAUCAGAAAGUAAGAGGGAAAUUGUGCAUAAUAAAACGCGUCAAAUGUUUUUUAAAGAGGUUAGUUUUUUACAAGCAUCAUUUUGUGUAUAUAUAAAUUAUCGUGAGUGUUUUGUUUUGACCUGGUGGUGGCGGCAAUGCGCUCCGCAGCCUCUGCUCAACUGGAAACAGACGGAGAAGAAGACUCAUCCACGCUCAGGCAGAGGAUAGUUGUGAAACAAGCAAGAAGCUAGUGGAUGCUGCACCAAAUCAUUUCACUCUGCAUGGGCUGUGUCCGGUUGUGUCGUGUGUCAGUAUUAGUCGCCGUCUUCUGAGUGGUUGCUGUCAAUCAAAAAGAGGAAUUUAAUCCAUCCCGGCGUGAAGACAUGAGCUCGGUCAGAGAUGAAGGUAAGGACCGAAUUAUUUUUGUCACCAAAGAGGAUCAUGCAACACCCAGCAGUGCUGAGCUCGUAGAGGAAGAUCCUGAUGACCCAUAUGAGGAGCGAGGUCUUAUUCUUCCCAGUGGGGAUAUCAACUGGAACUGCCCCUGUCUGGGUGGGAUGGCCAGCGGUCCCUGUGGGACUGAAUUUAAAGAUGCCUUCUCCUGUUUCCACUACAGUAAGGAGGAAGUGAAGGGGUCUGAAUGCCUGGAGCAUUUCAGGGCCAUGCAGGAGUGUAUACAGCGUUACCCUGAGCUCUAUCCACAAGAAGAUGACAAGGUGCAAGAACAAUCAUCAGAAACAGAGCAGACCUCACAAAACUCUGCAUCUGCAGAAACAGCAGGUGCCAACUCAACAUCUGCCACUGAGCCGGACUCUGAGAGUAUGCAACCAAACACAGAGGGCUCAGUGGAAAGCUAGUGAUGAGUCAUGGUUACAAUGUAAAGCCAAGACUUAACAGUCAGACUGAUAUCACAUUAAGUCUUUGCUUCUUGCAUUCAAAAAUAACAUCGGUGUUUCUUUUUUUUUUUUACAGUUACUUUUGAAAUUAUUUUUUAAAUAAAGAAAAACCUUUUUGAGGGUGUAUCCAAAAAGCUUAUUAUGCUCUCAGUGGCUGUAGGUGUCAGUGGUUUUUUAACAGCAGACUGCAGGCUGAGUGGCCUGGCCUCGUUUCUCUAUUGAAUAUUUGUUUAGUUACUAGUUCAACAAGCUAAGGUGCAGGAAAACGUUCUUUCAUGUUGUUAGGCUUGAUAAAAAGAAGACUUUAGCAGGAAAGAUAAUGUGGCUGGUUACUCAAAGUCUGUGGCUUCUGCUUUAUGAAAACAUGCUUUAUGUAAACUUGAUGUGAUGUAAAUAUCUCUAUGGAUAAAAUAUCUUCAGCUUUAGAAUGAAAGAUCAAAUAUUCCAAAACAAGUAAGGUGUGCCAUUGUGAAAACAAAACAUAUAUUAAGUUAAAUUCAAUUAUAUAAUAUUAAUUGUCCUGCAGAGCAAAGGAGAUAAGCACUUACAUUUGGUUUUGGACUUUUCCUUGCAGAAGAACAGAGGACAAAACCGUGUUAAAAAGUAAAUAUGUUAAAAACAAUCAUGACGUUUAUUUUCAGUUGAACUAAAUUAUCUAUUUAUGAAUAAUAUGGGCUUAUAGUUGUGUGAAACUAUAUUAUCAAUGCAACGACUAUGUUGAGUGUUUGAAUAAAGUUGUGAAAUCCUGCCUUCGGAUAAAGGCUAUACAAGAUAAAAAAUAUUCAAUGAGGAGCCUUCAGUAGUGUACCACGUUUAUUUGACACUGCACACUCAGUGUAUUAUUUCCUUUCCUUUGUCUCUUGGAGCUGCAGCGAUAAGUUGAUCCAGCUCAACUCUUUGGAUAAUCGAUUAGCUGUUGAGUCAUUUUAAAUGCAAAGAUGGUAGAAAAACCUGUUAAUUAACCUUUCAAAUAUGGAUAAUUAUUUAGUGUGUAUAAUAUUUAACAGCAUAUUUGAAGGUUAUAGACCGACAGACAAGACAAGACCAACUUUUUCACAUGACAUUUUACAGACCAAACGUUUAAUCGAGAAACUAUCAGCAGAUGAAUUCAUAGCUGCAGAGUUUCUUAUGAUGUAUGUAACUGUGCUAUACAAAGUUUACUUUCUUUUUGGUCAAUUUCAUAUAUUUGACUGAAGGUUUAUAAUAGGGAUAAUACUAAUGAUAAUAAGUUGCUACUGAAGAUAACCUUACAAUUUUUACUGAGCAGUCUUGAUUGCCAUCUGUGGUGUAGAAAAAGGUCAGUUAUACAACUUUACCUCAGCUGAACUGACCUGAACCAUUCUCGUCCAACACAGGACUGACUGAUGUGAUUUGACGGAAAUAUU